CGUGUGGGAAACGAGCACAGCACGUGCGCGCUCUUCCUGCGUAAACACGGCUGCGUGUUUGCGUGCGCGCGCGGAGGUUUGGUUUUGGAUUUCACCGGCUAGUUUCUACAGGAACGACCUUUGCAGAAGUCCUCUUUCCCACUGGCGUAAGGAACCGGCGUCUCGAGCAAACUGAUAUCAGCCUCCCCGUGUCCUCGGCCCCCGUUCCAUUCCCUUGUCCACGCCUUAUGACCCCCCCGUCCACCUGGAGACAUGUACGCACCCUCGAGGAAGGACUUCAUCUUGCUGACUCUGAGUGAUGAGGAUAGUGGUGGCUACAACAAUGGCAAGCAGUGGCGCCGGCAGUCAUGCUGGAGGAAAUGGAAACAGCUGUCCAGGCUGCAGCGCAGUCUCAUCCUCUUCUUCUUUGCUAUGCUGUUGAUUUGUGGGAUUGUGAUGUACCCCAAAGUGACCUGGCCCUGGAGCGAUUCCCCGGUCGGAGUAGCGAAAGAUGACUGGGGUGGGCGGGAUGAGCAUGAGCUGAAGCCAGUCCUCACAAGGGUCGUCCCUGGGGUCCUCCCUGUCCCGCAGAAGCAGGACCAAGGCCAGACCCUGCCUGAACCACCAGCUGAGAGAAAGCCACACCCCAACAAGCAGAGUUCUCCAGUCCUGCAGGGGCGUCAGCAGAAUGUGUCAGGUGGGCAGAGCAGACAGGACAGGCAAGAGGAGCAUGAACUGAAGGUGGAGAAGGAUGUUAGCCUGGGGGAGAAUGGAGAUAAACCUCUUGUCAGCUGGCGGGGGGCCAUGAUCGAGAUGGAGCAGAUGACAGAGCCCCAGCCCUCGACCGGUCAGAAACCCAGAGACGCUGCCCCUCAACAGCCAGUUUCAGGUGGACUUGUGGACUGGCCAGAGGCUGUGAAGGAGGCGUUCAGACACGCGUGGAAAGGGUACAGAGAGUUUGCCUGGGGGCAUGACGAGCUGAAACCCAUCUCCAAGUCCUACGGGGAGUGGUUUGGGCUGGGUCUCACGCUGAUCGAUGCGCUGGACACCAUGUGGAUCAUGGGCUUGAAAGAGGAAUUCGAGGAAGCCAGGAAGUGGGUGGCCACUGAGCUGUCCUUCUUCAGAAAUGUGGAUGUGAACCUGUUUGAGACUACCAUCCGCAUCCUUGGGGGCCUACUAAGCACGUACCACCUGACUGGGGACAGCUUGUUCCUCGACAAGGCUAAGGACAUCGGAUCACGAUUAAUGCCCGCCUUCAGCACCCCCUCCAAAAUCCCAUACUCGGAUGUGAACAUCGGAAAGGGCGUUGCUCACCCACCUCGCUGGACCUCGGACAGCACCGUGGCAGAGGUGGCCAGCAUCCAGCUAGAGUUCCGGGAGCUCAGCCGCCUCACACAGGACCCCCAGUACCAGGCAACAGUGGACGAGGUGAUGAAGAUCGUCCACCGACUGGACGGAAAGCAUGAUGGCCUGGUGCCCCUGUUCAUUAACACCAACAGUGGGCAGUUCACCCACCGUGGCGUGUUUACGUUGGGCGCACGCGCCGACAGCUACUAUGAGUACCUGCUCAAGCAGUGGAUCCAAGGUGGAAAGAAAGAGAAGGAACUGCUAGAAGACUACCUGCAGGCAGUGGAGGGUGUGAAGAAGAACCUGCUCCGGAAGACGCUCUCGCACGGCCUUACCUUCGUUGGGGAGCUGUCCCAUGGCCGCUUCAACCCCAAGAUGGAUCACCUGGUGUGCUUCCUGCCAGGCACAUUGGCGCUGGGCGCCUACAACGGGUUGCCCCCCAACCACAUGGAGCUGGCCACACAGCUCAUGGAGACAUGCUACCAGAUGUACAAGCAGAUGGAGACGGGACUGAGCCCUGAGAUUGCGCACUUUAACCUGCAGCCUCACAGCGUGCGCAACGUCGAGGUCAAGUCGGCAGACCGACACAACCUCUUACGGCCGGAGACAGUGGAGAGUCUCUUCUACAUGUACAGGUUCACUGGAGACCAGAGGUAUCGUGACUGGGGCUGGGAGAUCUUCCAGAGCUUCAACAAGCACACAAGAGUCCCUUCGGGAGGCUAUACCUCUAUUGGCAACGUGAGGGACCCUACGAACCCCAGUCCCAGGGAUAAGAUGGAAAGCUUCUUCCUGGCAGAGACACUCAAGUACUUGUACCUGCUCUUCUCCGACGACCAGGAGCUCAUCAGCUUGGACAAGUAUGUCUUCAACACCGAAGCGCAUCCUCUGCCAAUCUGGCCAUCUGACCCAUGAUGGGGGCAGUGUACAACUUUGGAUCCCACAUCCUGCAGAUGCUCUCAGGGCUCCCAUACAGAUUAGAUUUUUUAUGUGACUGCUGUACUACAGUACAUACCACAGAUUUCCUGCUUCAGAAGUAGCCCUUUGUUUUGUGUGGCUGCCAUUUGAGGAACUGAUAUCCAUCGGCACUGUCUUGGUCUAUGAAGGCACUGACACUCAUUUGUUGAACAUCUUAGAGUAAAACUUUGUAGUUCCUGUGUUUCUGGGCUCAGCACCAAAUUGCCAGGUUAUUUUCUGUAUUUUCACAGAGGUCAUGCCAGAACUGGUGACUUCUAUACCGAUUUUAUAGACAGUUCUCUGCUGAGGCCAAGAUGAUAACAUCUGGAAAGAGAAGCAUGUGCUGUUGACUCUCAGACCAUCAUCCCAGGGAACUUCUCUAAACCAGAGAUGUCUGUUGACUUUGAAUUUCACAGGUACCUUGAUGGACACGUCUCACGGAAUAUGGUUCUGUCAAGAGUCGACUCAAUGAAGCUGAUAGUGGAAUUAAGGUCUAGCAGAAGGUUCACCCUGGUCCCUCAAACCUUCUAUAUUGCCACAUUUUUUCAAGGUGAACUCAGAGAGCGUCUGGUGGUAGUGACUGCUAGACUUGCACUCUGUGAACCGUUUUUCUCAGUUCCAUUGAGGAAAGCCAUACAUGCUUUUGGGAGAUGACAUGUGACAGUUUGUGAUUGAGAGAUUGAGGUUAUGACUGGUGAGCAGCGGAAGCCACUUAUGUUUUCCUGUCUUGUUUUCAAGGGCAGUGGUGUUUAGAUAAGUCUGCCAGUCAGUUAGCUAAUUCAUAAAUUAAUCAGCCAGGGGCACAAUCUGUGGUUACAACAUUGUACAGUACCAGUGUAAAGUGUGAGUCCAUCUGCAGGAAAGUAAUGUUUUUGUUCACGUUCUGCAUUUAGUUAACAAGUGUUAUGAGGAAAUGAGGUGCCAUGUCUUCCCAGCUCUUCUGCUGCAGUUCCAAGAGGUGUAAGGCGCUUGUAUUUUGCUUUGCUUUCGCUCUUCUCUCCAGUUCCCCGCGAACAGGUAUUGCCCAGGUAGCCUGACUGUACUCAAACUUUUGACUGGUACUGUAUGUACAGCUGUGUCUUGUCUGCUAACAGCAGUCCAAGUGUGUCUUUUUAUCUCUAUUUUUAUUCUAGGCACUUUUGUGUGAAAGAAAAUGCACUUGACCUUAUAUUUGUAAGUGAAAAGAAGGUCUUCUCUUAGCCUGCGGUGCACUAUGAACGAGGAACUCUUAGACGCGUCACUUCGUUUGUUUCCCGGAGUUACAGCCUUCAAGAAAAGGUACGAGGGUCCUCAGGGAUUAGAAGGGCUCUGGUCCCUCAGUGCGCUGCAGAAUAGUAGUGAACUCGUUCCUACACGUGGUGAUCGUCCAUUCUCAG